AUGCAACUUGCUAUACACGCAACUUCCCCUUCCUCCGAGAGCCAAGCAACUCCUCCAACAUCCCAGCCGGCGAUUCCCCCGCCCCUCCCCACGUGGGUUUCCCGGAAAGAACCGGAGCAGGAGCCACGCGGGUUGCUUGCACGUGUGCACACGGUGCUGGGGGGCUGGAAAGGCCGAGCCCCGCACCCCUGAGUGGGCAUCCCCUUUACUCUCCCACGGUCAGCCCCACAUUGGACUGGCUUAAUGUCCACCUUCAGGAUGUCAGAUGGGUAAAUGCCACCCCUAUGGUUUUCCUCCAGAUUGGGUCGCCUCGGUGGAAACGGCCUUGCACAGCCAUCCGGAUUAAGGAGCUGAUGGGCAACGGCCAGGUGGUGUGAACUCAGCCCCUUCCGUUCUGCGAGAGCUUUCUGCAGCCUUUUGGCUUGGCCAGACUUUUGGAUCGGAAAUGGCCAGCUUAGCCAACAAAGACUCUUACUUGCAGAGACUGGCGAAGAAGAUUUGCGCCCAAGAAGUCCACGAGCCACGGAAAAGAAAAUUCGCCUCCCCAGGAGCUGGCUUAGGAGAGGAUGGCACCCAGCCGAAGAAGAAGAAGAAGAAGAAAAAGGCCAAGAAGCCAGCCCAGGCGGGCAGCGUCCCUCCAGCUAAGCCUGGUGUGGUCAAAGCAACCAAGCCACCAGCUUCAAAACCUCAGAAAUCUGGCCCUGGUGUCCAGCUUGCAGCUGCUGCAGGCGAGUCAGCUACUGCUUUGCGGGGGAAAGAAAGCGGAGGCCAGAACGGUGUUCCAGGUAGCAAGAAGGAGGCCCCCACUUCUCUUCCUGCUAUGAAUUUCUUGCGUCAGAGGCUGCACGAGAAGAUGGAAAAGGUCUCUGGUCAGGCAAGCUCCAAGGAGCUGUCACCAGCUGUGCUGGAGAAGAGGCAGAGGAGGAAAUAUGAAAGGGAGAGGAAGAAGCGUCGGAGAAAGGAGCUACGGCUGAAGGAGAAGAUGGAGAAGGAAGAAGCCGAGAAGGCCUCGACGGCAGCCGUUCUGGAGCCCCAAGACCAGAAGGCAGACGAGAAGGUCGAGAUGGUCUUCAAUACAGUCAAGGUCCCCGAGGAAGAGUUGAGCAAAGCGCAGAAGAGGAAAGAGAAGAUGAAGAGGCUGAAAGGCAACAUCACUCCGUUGACAGGCAAGAACUAUAAACAGCUGCUGAGCAGGCUGGAGAUGCGGAAGAACCAGCUGGAGGAGCUGAAGGAGAAAGAUGAGAAGAAGGCCCAGGAGCUGGAGACCAAGAUGAAGUGGACGAACGUCCUCUACAAGGCGGAAGGUGUCAAGAUCCGUGACGACGAGGACCGGCUGAAGGCGGCCCUCAAGCGCAAGGAGAAGCAGAAGGCCCAGCGGCAGAAGCAGUGGGAGAAGCGGACGGAGCAGGUGGUGGACAAGAUGCAGCAGCGGCAGGACAAACGGCGGAGGAAUCUCCAGAAGAAGAAGCUGGCCAAGGUGGAGCGGAAGAAAGCCAAGGCCCGCAAGAAGGGCCGGAUCCUGCCUGAGGAUCUGGAGAAGGCUGGCUUGAAAUGAGCCAGCGGGCAGACCUUGAAGCCCGCUCGGAAGUGGGUUCUCGUGGGACUUGUUAAUCCAAGGAAUAAAGUUGUUCUUCAGGACGUU